CACCAACGCUCUCACAUCAAUCCGCGCGCAACCACAUCCAGUCUUAGCCAAGCCCUACGCGAUGGGCAACGACGGUGGAUCGAUUCCGAAACGUAGCGAACUCGUAAAGGAAGCCGCUAAAGCUCUCACAACCGCCCAGAUCAAAGAGGCGCAAACCGAACAACAAGAAUACGCCUGGUCCACUGAUCCUUUGACGCGCAAGCCUCUUGCCCGCCCCGUAGUUUCCGAUGCUGCUGGUAUUCUGUACAACAAGGACUCCAUCAUCGAGUUCUUGCUAAAAGAAGAAGAUGACGCAGAAAAGACGGAGAUGAAGAAGAUCGCAGGCGUCAAAGAUUCAGAAUUAGGCACAUUCGGGGAUAGGGUCAAGGGUCUGAAAGACGUGGUCGAAGUCAAGUUUGAAAUUGAGGAGAAAGACGGUGGUGAGGUACAGAAGACUCUAGGUGAGAAAUGGAAAUGUCCCAUUACUGGAGAGAGGCUAGGGUUUGGGAGUAAGGCUGUGUAUGUUGUUCCUUGUGGACAUGCCUUUGCGGGAAGUGUCGUUAAGGAAGUCGGCGAGAGCACGUGUUUGACAUGCAACGAACCGUACGCUGAGAACGAUAUCAUACCCAUCUUACCCACCACACCAACCGAUAUCGCGCGAUUGAAUCUACGUAUGAAAGUAUUGAAGGACAAGGGCCUCACACACGCGCUCAAGAAAGCGCCCGGAAGCAAGAAGAAACGUAAGCACGGCGAUGCGUCCACUGAAAACAGCGCCACGAAAACCCCACUACCAGGCGGAGACGGAAAGACAAAGAAAGAGGGUGCAGCAAACCCGACAACAUCAGCCAAUGACGGAAUCAAGAACUCUGCCACGGCCUCCUUAACACGAAAGGUGCUUGAGGAGCAAAAAGAACGCAAUAAGAGGAGGAAGAUGGCGCAAAAUGACAACGUGAAUAGUUUGUUUAACAAGACGGAGCAUAAGGCAUCGGCGGGCAACAGUGCGGAUUACAUGACGAGGGGAUUCAGCAUUGGAAAGAAAUGAGCACAAGGCGAAGAGGAUAAAACUUCGGAGUCAGGCUGCGGCAUGAUGCAUGGUAGGCAUCUUGUACGUAUGAAGCGACAGUCUACUGGCAAUCCUCACAGUAGGCAUAUGUUAGUGCACAAGCAGAACAGGAGUAUGAUACCCUGCGAUGAGUAAUCGCGUUCCUGCUUAAGAUCCACGCGCAUCACCAAGUCAACCAAGGGGGUGAAUAGUGAGCUACUACCGCCAGUAUUUAGACUUUUACAUUCUGGUAUACACCCAUGUCCGUCUCUUCGACCUCUUGUAUAACCUGUAUCGCCUAUGCAUACCUCUCUUAGGUUUUUGCCAC